CGCGCCUACCCUGACGGCUGCUCUGCUGCCUCUCGCUGUUUCUUUAGAAUACCAAAUGUUCUUAUUCGUAGUGUUUCUAUUAGUAGUGUUUCAUUGCUAUUAUUAGUGACGGUAUUAUCAGUUGAAGUCCGAGCAACGGUUAACUUCACUGCUCACUAGUGGACAGAAAGGAAUGGAAGGAUGGAGAAUGACUCUAUGCCAAAAGACUGUGACAUAACCCUGGGCGGGGCUAAAAUUAGGCUGAACCAAUCCGAAUGCAUCUGCAACCAACCAACUGCCACUGAUGAUACGGAGGACACGCACGCUGACCCUCCUCAUCCUCCCAUCCCCGGAAACAACCCGUUCUCUGCAAGCCCCGCCCCCUCUCUGAUUUAUCCCGCCCCCUUCAGGGCAGACCACGCCCCCUUCAGGGCUGACCCCGCCACUAUCAAGGAGGCGGCUGGCGAUGACCUCUGUCUCCGUUGUAUUCUGUCCUGUCUCUACUGUGAGCUCUUCUCCUUGUGCUCCACCCUGGAGGCGUGUCUUACCUGCCAAGGGGGCGGGGCCACCUGCUGCUGUGACACCAUUUGCUGCUGCUGCUCCAGUGGGGAGGCGGAGGGCGUGGCCUGUGGGGAGGAGGCGUGUCAGGCCCUGGCGGAUUGUGGGAUAGUGGAGGACUGCUGCUCCUCGACCGACCUCCUGGACUUCAGCCUCGAGUGUUGCUCCUUCUUCUUCCCCUCCUAGACCACGACCUCAUCACCAUGAACUCAUCAGCAUUACCUCAUCACCAUGACCUCAUCACCAUGACCUCAUCACUGUGAUAUUACCAUGACAUCACCAUGACCUCAUCACCAUGACCUCAUCACUGUGAUAUUACCAUGACAUCAUCAUAACCUCAUCACCACGACAUCAUGGUAGAAGAUCUUCUCCUUAAGAACUCCUUCUAUCAGAUAAAGAGCCAACCAAUCAGGUAGCACCUCUAUAAAGAGCCAGCCAAUCAGGAGGCAUCCCUAUCUGUGAUUUUAAGCCACUCCCUCCAAACACGUGACUAGCUUGCUAGCUUUAGAAGCAGGUUUGUAGCCAGGAGAAGGACGCCCUUCAGGGCAAUGAGCGACGGGCAGAGCACAUUUUUCAGAGCAUUUCAUUUAAUGAUCCUGUCCGGACAGAAAGAGAAUUUCAACAAAUAUUUAACUUGAGAAGUAUGAGAGGUACUUCCGAUAGAAGGACUUCUGAUAGAAGGACUUCCGAUAGAAAGACUUCAGAUAGAAGGACUUCCGACAGAGGUACUAACAAUAGAAGGACUUCCGACCGAAGGACUUCCGACAGAGGGACUUUCAAUAGAAGGACUUCCGACCGAAGGACUUCCGAUAGAGGGACUUCCGACAGAAAGACUUCCGAUAGAAAGACUUCCGAUAGAAAGACUUCCGAUAGAGGGACAGCUGGACUUCCAAUAGAAUGACUUCCAACAGAAGGACUUCCGAUAGAGGGACUUCCGACAGAAAGACUUCUGAUAGAAAGACAUCCGAUAGAAAGACUUCCGAUAGAGGGACAGCCGGACUUCCAAUAGAGGGACUUCCGACAGAAGGACCACCGAUAGAGGGACUUCCGACAGAAAGAAUUCCGAUAGAAAGACUUCCGAUAGAGGGACAGCCGGACUUCCAAUUGAGGGACUUCCGACAGAAGGACUUCUGAUAGAGGGACUUCCGACAGAAGGACUUUCAAUAGAAGGACUUCCGACAGAAGGACUUCCAAUAGAGGGACUUCCGAUAGAAGGACUUCUGAUAGGACUUCCGAUAGAGGGACUUCCGAUAGAAGGACCUCCGCCUGCUCCUUGUCCUUGUUUUGUUGUUCAUCUCAUGUUCUUGUCCUUCCAGCUCCGCAGACCUUUAACUGGCGUAUAGGCUCGUAGGACGUGAGAGACGCUACAACUCAUGGCCCUCUCUCAUCAUCGUGGAGCAGACCAGGGAGGUCUAAGAGAACAUACAAAGAAAUGUGAUCUCUGCAUUCACCCAUCUCCAGCAGCACGAGGAGCAGUGGGCGGCCACGGUGCCUUGGUCAAGGGCACGUGCGGGAGAACCGAUCGAACGUGGACGAGGGAGGAAACCAGGAUCUCACUCUGUGAGGUAGCAGUGCUAAGCUAGUGCUAGUGCUAAGCUAAAUUAAGCUGAGUGCUAACCACUGUGCCAUAACCCGACGCAUAAUGAAAACAGCCAUCCCAAUUACGCUACACGUUAUAAUUUCUCCGCUCUUGUUGGAAUCAGACAUGAACCAUAAACCGCAUCAAGGUGUUUUUUUUCAUUUCCUUUUAUUUUCAACCUCAUAAACACUUUUUCACAGAAUGUUUUGAUGGAAAUAAAAACAUGGAUACAAUGUCAUGUUGUGGCCUGCCACACAGCAAUAUACUCUGUUCAUAACCAUCAUUAAGUGCAGCAGUAUAUUCAUUCAAUCACCAUCAUAAAUACGGCUGUGAACUCAAUCAAUAACCAUCAAUGACUACGGCUGUGUACACAAUCAAUAACCAUCAAUAGCUUAAAGACACAGUUCCACAGAAUAGAGCCGCUGGGGUAACCCUGGCAACCUAGCACCAGUUACCAUGGUACCUUAGGGCGAGUCCCCCUGGUAGCUUACAACGGGUAACUGUGGUGAUCGGGGUGGGUUACCAUGGUAACCCAGGGCAAGUUACCCCAGUAACCUAGAGUUGGUUACCGAGGUUACCUAGGGCGGGUUACUGUGGUAACCUAAGAGGGGUUACCGUGGUAACCUAGGGCAAGUUAUUGUUAUAACAUAGGGUAAGUCACCGGGGUAGCCAAGGGCGAGUUACUGUGAUAACCUAGUGCAGGUUACCGUGGUAACGGUAACCUGCGUGGUCCAAUAGAAAGACAGGACAGGAAAGUGGUUCCCGUAUGAUGGAGACCGCACAGCCAAGGUACCGUGUGAUUGGUCCAGGUAUAGGUGAUGAACUCUACCCCUUAAUACUGUACUGUGGUAUAAAUAUUCUCUCCAUUGUAAAAUCUUCUUCUCUAUGGACUACAAAAACAGCUUCACAAUUUAAUCUGUGUCUAAAUGACACAAAUUCAAAAUAUUCACCACAAUGAUCUUGGACAGUCAACAUCUCCAUGUAAUUUAAUAAUUCUUAAUUCAUCAUUAAUUCAUCAAUAAUUUACAACACAUCUUUACAACAGAAUGUAUCUUUUUUAAACCAACUGAAAUAACGGCCAAAGAUGGCAAGAUAUAGCUAGGAGCCCCACCAGCUAACAGCUACAUGUACUAUAGCUAGGAGCCCCACCAGCUAACAGCUACAUGUACUAUAGCUAGUAGCCC